UCGUUGGUUGUCUUGAAUGAAACACGCUUCAAGUCUGUUUUUGGAUAGUGUCGGCGUCGUCGUCGUUGUCGCGCAACCCCAGAACUCAGAUCGAUAGUUUUUUUUUUCGUUUUACAUUUCGUGAGAUUUCCGAACGUUAUCGCGAUAUUUGCUGGCCAUUUGUGACUAGUGGAUUUAUGAUCAACACUUCUGUUGAGCGGGUGGUGUGAAAUGACGUCGCGUGUUAAUUCGAUCGUACGCCCUUUGAGGACAAAUGUGAUAAAUGAAUUGUCGUGACAUCAAUAUUAGGCUAUCAUUGCAUGUAUAAUCACAACAAUCAAUUGUACAGGUGAAUUAAUCGUCUAACAUUUUUUGUUGAUUCAUCGAUCCAUCGAUUUGGAAAAAGUGUGUACUAUUGACGGUACAAUAAGCUGCGCGCUCAGUAGUAAAAGAUCGUGAAGAGAGAAAAAAAAAGUUGUGUUCUGUUCCAAUUCUGGUGUCAGUAUUAAGUACUUGAGUGGACAAAAUUACGUAGCCUACCGGUUUCAGUUAAAUGGUGAUAAAUUCAGUAGUCCGUAGUUGCUCUUCAUAUGAAGCGGAUAGUCCCUUCCACCGUAAGCUAAAAUUGAAAAGGAAGCGUGAACAACAACGAUCAAUCAACAGUGACAAUAAAGAAAACGUGACCUAAGGCAAACAAUGAGUUUCAUCAACGUCGUUGGCGACAGCAAUGGCAGCACCAGUGGCAGCUGCAACGGCAGUAAAUACAACAAGAAGAAUUCAGUGACCUUCAGUGAGCAGGUCGAAAUCGACUCUGACGAUAGAUCUGCCAUCAGAGAGAAGCAACAACUUCUGCUUGUUCCGAAAACAGAUGGAGAGUCCAGUCAAGUAAUCCCGAAAGCUGCUACCUUUGCCACUAUGCCCGUUAAAUAUAACCACAAUGGAUCGACCUCUCUGCUGGAUCAAAUCCCCGAGGAUACACAACCGGGACAGAGGCCCACUUCUGGAACACACACCAACGGAUCGACGCCCCGGAGACCUUCGGUAGUAAUGCAGGACAUCCUUUCAACUCACCGACCUUCCGCAAUAAUGUCCGCCUUGCGCAGGGGCUCUUUGGCAUGGUUGCCUGGUAGAAACAAAGCUACCAAUCACGGCCAGGAUAGCGAGUCCAAUAUGGGUAGCCGGGCAUCACUCAGUCAAAUUCCCCACGGAACUGGCGCACAUAGUGACUUGGCAAUGGAGUCUCGACGAAAAAAUCGACGAGUUGGAGAUGAUGCUCUGAGUACGGCUCUCUCGGCGUUAUAUGCCAAGGUUAUUGUGAUACUUGGCAUAGCUCUACCCGUAACGGAGAUCCUUUCCUCUCAAAUCCCGGCCAACGUUUACCAAGGGUUCUACUUGUACCUCUACACUGUGAGCAUACUGUUUGUGGUAUUUGUCUAUGCAUCAAACAUGAGGCGAAGAGCAGUCAUGACUUUGAUCAAGACAUAUCAUGAAAAGACAAACGCAUAUCCAACAAAAAAGCGUGUUCCUCAUUUUGGAAGCUUCUAUCUUCGAGUUGGUGCCAUUGCAUUCGGUAUCGGAACCAUGGUGUACUCGGGACUUGAGUUUGGACAGUACUUCGAGUUGAACGCUUCACCUGGCUGUUCGAGUAUCUACGUGGCCUUAACCCCGGCCACACGCAUGUUUUUAUCCAUUGUACAGAUGCAGUUUAUUUUUCUGAAUAGCGCAGAACUGGACAUGGCCCGCCACAAAGUGUUUGCCCGGUUUGGUCUUAUGCACAUGAUUGCAACGAAUCUCUGCGAAUGGUUGUACAUACUGGUCGAAGAAACGAAACAUGAAAUACACCAUCUAGCACAUAUGUACAAUGACAAUAAGAUUGUAUCAACGAUCAGCAAUACCACACUUACCACACUCGCUUCCGCGACAGCAAGCGGCGAAAGCAGCGAAGAAGAUACAAGCCUGCUGCUCAGCGAUACCUUCCAGAACCGCACCAAACGAGCUGCUAGCCAUGAUGCCGCUGAUUUGAUUGAGUGCCAGCGUACCAACAUUAUGGGAACCCUAGUGCAAAACGCUUCACCAUUCCUGUUUCCCUGCACCAUUGAAUACUCGCUCAUUUGCGCCGUAAUACUGUACGAAAUGUGGAAAAAAGUCAAAACCAUCGCUGAAAUAGAUCGAACCAGGCGAAAUUCGCAAAAAGUGAACUCCACAACCCAUACGAAAAGUGCCCACCACUUCUCCGUAGACUGUUCGCGAGCUCACCGUGGAAUGUUCGGAGGAAUCAUAAUUACCGUGCUGACCAUUAUCUGUUUGAUUAUGUACUUCGUACUGCACGACGAGCCUGGUUAUGAAUUUUUCGCCCUACUGGAAGUAACCAUUGCUGAAACCGUACUGUAUUCCAUAACGGCAGCGGGCGUAAUCCUGGCAAUGAUCAAAAUGCGGGAUCUUAAAUACUGCAAGAAGCACAACGACAAGCAUGCAAGUUCCGUCAGCCUCGAUUGCACCCUUCUGGUUUUAGCGCAGACGGGAGUCUACGUCUACGGAAUGUUCAGUAUUGUCGGAAGCUAUUUCGCAAUUCAGCAAGGCAUCUACGGGGCUCUUGAAGGUCUCAUAGCUGAAGUUUUCAGUUUAGUACAAACAUCCAUGCAAACACUUUUCAUUCUGAAUGCGGUUUGGCGUAAGUGUCGUGGUGCCCAGCAGAAUCGCACGAAACCUGGUCGUGAAAUCGUCACAUUCCUUCUGGUGGCAAAUAUGGCGAUGUGGUUUAUAAACACCUUAGUGAAGGGACGAGCUAGCUUCCGGCCGACGCAUUUGGAGUUUUUCGGUACAUGGGCGUGGACAGUCAUAACUCACGUGUCGAUGCCUUUGGCGAUCUUUUAUCGUUUCCAUUCAACAAUUUGUCUAUUUGAAAUAUGGAAGUCAACGUAUAAGGUUAAGAAUGGAGAUCAUCAUUAGGAAACCAGAGCAGAAUACUAAGUUAUAAUACUUAAUUUACUAAGUACUUAUAUGUGAUAAGAAUCGAUCAUUUCGUGAGGCAAACCAGUGAUUUGUGUAAGAACGAGAUUAUUUAUUUCUAAUCGUAAAUACAUUUAUUUGACCGCA